UACUGUGUUGAAUCUCAGUAUAAAAAUAUAUCACAUGGCUUUGUUGUGAUGGGUUUUUUUUGUUUUCCCUUUGUAUUUUUUAAUGGUUUUUUGAUAAUAUAUAAAUUGAGGUAGUCUGUUUCGAUUGUACUUAUGAUUCUGUGUACAUGGACAUCGUGUUGAUCUACUAUAAAGAAGUAAUUUUUGGAUUUUCUAGACUAUACGACAAAGUAUUUUUAGAUAUAAAAAAUAUUAAAGAUGGAUAAUGUUCCGUUUUUUUUGACGCAACCACUUCAUCAAACUGAACCUUUCUUGGUUAUUGAGCGGCAGCCGAAAAAGAGGGGCUAUAGAUUUCGUUACAGUUCUGAGGGACAAACACAUGGUGGUAUUCCAGGUGAACCAGACAAAAGUAACGAUAACCGAAAAGUUUAUCCUUCACUCAGGUUACACGGUCAUAAUGGUCAAGCUAAAGUCGUUGUUACCCUGGUUACUGCUGAAGACAACCAGCCUCACUUGCAUGCACAUUCUUUAAUUGUCAAUAAGGUGAUGACAAAAGGGUUUCAUGUCUACGAAAUGAAUGGCGAGUCGUCUUUAGAACUUAAAAGUAUUGCUAUCCAACACGUGGUAAAAGAAAAUUUGCUGAGCACGUUAAUGGACCGCAUUUUGCAGACCAGAUUUGUCGAGACAUUCGGCUGGAACAGCGGACUUAAUGUGAACGGUACUCGUGAAGAAAUGUUUGAUGUAUCGCAUUAUGUGCAGUCUUUAAUGGACCGACAUGACGAUACAGUCUUUUACGACAGAGCGACAGCGCAAGCCAUAGCUGGUGUUGAGUUGGAAAAUCUAAGAAAAAAAGCCAAUGAUUUGGCAAAGAAGAUGCAGAUGAAUCAAUGUCGAUUAUGCUUUCAAGCAUUUCUACCGGAUUCUCACGGCAAAUUUACUCGUAUCCUGAACCCGGUGUACAGCGAUAUUAUCUAUGAUGGAAAAACGAAACAGGGCGCCAUGUUGAAAAUAAUUCGCCUGAGUAAGGUAUCGUGCAGCGUAAAAGGUGAUGAAGAAGUAUGGCUGCUAGCUGAUAAGCUGAACCCUGACGAUAUCGAAGUUCGAUUUUUUGAAAAAGAAACCAAGCUAUCAACGUCUAUGGUACCUUGGGAAGACACAGGAAAGUUCAACAAGACAGAUAUUUACAAACAGGUGUGUUUAAUCUUUAAAACACCUAUGUACCACGAUCAAAAUAUCCGGCAGCCGGCAAAUGUAUUUAUCCAACUUCGACGGAAGACGGACACGAGCUGUUGUUCAGAACCGAUGGAGUUCAAAUACACGCCUAUUCAAUAUGAUCGGUAUGGUAUUGGUGAAAAAAGGAAGAAGGAGAUUCCAAUGCAUGAAUUUUCAUCGUUGUCGUUACCUAAAAAAAGAUUCAGUGAGAUGAGCACUCCACCUAUCAGCGAAUUACCGCAAGAUGAACUUCUCGCAAACGCGGAAAACUACAACGCCCCUUUUAUGAUGAGUAACGACCCGUACUCCACUUUGAAUUUGGGCGCUUUCGUCAAGCAGGAGGAGAGUACGGAGAGCAUGAAUACAGAAUCUGAAUUACAACAGCAGCAAUUACUCUCGGUGUUGCUCUCCGCCCAACAACUCCCACAUAACGACCUGCAGCACCUUCUCAACAGCGAAAUAAACAUUCCAAUUUCAAGCCAAGCGGCUGGAACAUCUGCUGUGGCUAGCACCAUGGAGCUACCGAGUUUAACCUCGUUCUCGAAUGCGACCUUACCGCAGUUUACAAACUCUGAUUUAAAUAAAUAUUUCAGCAUUCCGGAUGAUAUGGGCGGAAAAAGUUAGACCUGUGUUGACAUUUAAUAUAAAAGAGGGGGGGGUGUGGCAACCAGGUCGAGAUUUUUUAAACUGAUGUACAUAUUUUAUUAUUUACUUUGGUUGACUCAGCAACAAUUUUUAUAUCUGUAAUGGAUUUACUGCUACAGAGUGAUUUUUCUCUUACAAGACAAUAUACUUUUGUGACCUUAGACUGCCCAAACAUUUACUUCAUCUGGCAAAUUUUCAUUUUUAUUUUUCUGGCUGUAAUGAAAACUCUCCCUGAUAUCCAGAUUUCGCCCAACUUAAAAGAAGUAAACAAAAUCUUCAAAGCAAGCAUUGUGACUUAAAAUUCCCUCACUGUGUUGCCCUGUGACGUUUUCUCGCAAUAUUUAAAUCCCCUUUAAUUUUUCCUGACUUUUUGGUGCAAUUUUAUAAAUUCCCCGAUGUGUUUACAUCUCGGCUGUCCCGACUAGUUUUAAGAUUGUUUUGAUUAGCGUAUUUUAAAGAGAAGAACUAUUUAUUUGGUUACGUUUUAUAUGAAAACAAGUUUUUUAUUUUCUUCGUGUUUUAUGUCAGCUAAUGUACGGGCGAAUAAAAAUGUUA